UAUGUCUGGUAUAGCACUGAUGCUCAUUAUAUUUUAGGGAGUCCUCAAGUUACGGGAGAGAACACGUGCCCGCCAGAAACUUUCCAUCAUAUAGAGAGAUACAAAUGUUGUGUUCGCUGUCAGAAAUCGGAAAUAGGAAUCGGUUAUGAAGUCAGCAACUGUACGGAGAUCAUCUGCUGCUCGAAUUCUAGCCUUGACUCGCCCCGACGUUAUCCUCUGUAUCUGUCCAACGCUGACCUAGCAGUUUUACCUGAAAAUGUGUUCCGUGGACUGUCGGCACUGGAAUAUCUUGAUCUGUCAAACAAUAAGAUAGCUGAUCUACCUGGGAAUGUGUUCAAUGGACUGUCUGAACUUUAUAAACUUAAUCUGACCAACAAUAAGAUAUUAGUUCUACCCGACAAUGUGUUCAAUGGACUGUCUGCACUGAAAUAUCUUGAUCUGUCCAACAAUAAGAUAGCUGUUCUACCCGAUUAUGUGUUCAGUGGACUGUUUAAACUUGAAUUUCUUGAUCUGUCCAACAAUAAGAUAUCAGUUCUACCCGGGAAAGUGUUCUAUAGAUUGUCUGAACUUGAUUUUCGUGAUCGGUCCAACAAUAAGAUAGCUGUUCUACCCGACUAUGAUAUCAGUGAACGGUUUAAACUUGAAUUUCUUGAUCUGUCCAACAAUAAGAUAGAUGUUCUACCCGACUAUAUGUUCUGGGGACUGCCUAACCUUCAAAGACUUGUUCUGUCCAACAAUACGAUAUCAGUUCUACCCGGGAAAGUGUUCUAUAGAUUGUCUGAACUUGAUUUUCUUGAUCUGUCCAACAAUAAGAUAGAUGUUCUACCCGACUAUGUGUUCUGGGGACUGCCUAACCUUCAAAGACUUGUUCUGUCCAACAAUACGAUAUCAGUUCUACACAGGAAAGUGUUCUAUGGUAAACUUGAAUUUCUUGAUCUGUCCAACAAUAAGAUAGCUGUUCUACCCGACAAUGUGUUCAGUGAACUGUUUAAACUUGAAUUUCUUGAUCUGUCCAACAAUAAGAUAGCUGUUCUACCCGGCUAUGUGUUCAGUGGACUGCCUAAACUUCAUAGACUUGUUCUGUGCAACAAUACGAUAUCAGUUCUACACAGGAAAGUGUUCUAUGGUAAACUUGAAUUUCUUGAUCUGUCCAACAAUAAGAUAGCUGUUCUACCCGACUAUGUGUUCAGUGGACUGUUUAAACUUGAAUUUCUUGAUCUGUCCAACAAUAAGAGAGCUGUUAUACACGGCUAUGUGUUCAGUGGACUGCCUAAACUUCAUAGACUUGUUCUGUCCAACAAUACGAUAUCAGUUCUACACAGGAAAGUGUUCUAUGGAGUGUCUGAACUUGAUUUUCUUGAUCUGUCCAACAAUAAGAUAGCUGUUCUACCCGACUAUGUGUUCAGUGGACUGUUUAAACUUAAAUUUCUUGAUCUGUCCAACAAUAAGAUAGCUGUUCUACCCGACUAUGUGUUCUUGGGACUGCCUAAACUUCAUAGAUUUGUUCUGUCCAACAAUAAGAUAGCUGUUCUACCCGACUAUGUGUUCAGUGGACCGUUUAAACUUAAAUUUCUUGAUCUGUCCAACAAUAAGAUAGCUGUUCUACCCGACAAUGUGUUCAGUGGACUGUUUAAACUUGAAUUUCUUGAUCUGUCCAACAAUAACAUAGCUGGUCUACCCGACAAUGUGUUCAAUGCACUGUCUGCACUGAAAUAUCUUUAUCUGUCCAACAAUAAGAUAGCUGUUCUUCCCGCCUAUGUGUUCUUGGGACUGCCUAAACUUCAUAGAUUUGUUCUGUCCAACAAUAAGAUAGCUGUUCUACCCGACAAUGUGUUCAAUGGACUGUCUGCACUGAAAUAUCUUUAUCUGUCCAACAAUAAGAUAUUAAUAGCUGAUCUACCCGGGAAUGAUUUCAAUGAACUGUCUAAACUUUAUAUUCUUGAUCUGUCCAACAAUAAGAUAGCUGUUCUACCCGACAAUGUGUUCAGUGGACUGUUUAAACUUGAAUUUCUUGAUCUGUCCAACAAUAACAUAGCUGUUCUACCCGACAAUGUGUUCAAUGGAUUGUCUGAACUUGAUAGACUUAAACUGUCCAACAAUAAGAUAGCAGAUCUACCUGGGAAUGUGUUCUUUAGACUGUCUAAACUUCAUAGACUUGAUCUGUCCAACAAUAACAUAGCUGUUCUACCCGACUAUGUGUUCAGUGGACUGUUUAAACUUGAAUUUCUUGAUCUGUCCAACAAUAAGAUAGUUGUUCUACCCGACAGUGGGUUCUGGGGACUGUUUAAACUUCAUAGACUUGUUCUGUCCAACAAUACGAUAUCAGUUCUACACAGGAAAGUGUUCUAUGGAGUGUCUGAACUUGAUUUUCUUGAUCUGUCCAACAAUAAGAUAUCUGUUCUACCCGACUAUGUGUUCAGUGGACUGUUUAAACUUAAAUUUCUUGAUCUGUCCAACAAUAAGAGAGCUGUUCUACCCGACUAUGUGUUCUUGGGACUGCCUAAACUUCAUAGACUUGUUCUGUCCAACAAUACUAUAUCAGUUCUACACAGGAAAGUGUUCUAUGGAGUGUCUGAACUUGAGUUUCUUGAUCUGUCCAACAAUAAACUUGUUCUGUUCAACAAUACGAUAUCAGUUCUACACAGGAAAGUGUUCUAUGGAGUGUCUGAACUUGAUUUUCUUGAUCUGUCAAACAAUAAGAUAGCUGUUCUACCCGCCUAUGUGUUCAGUGGACUGCCUAAACUUCAUAGACUUGUUCUGUUCAACAAUACGAUAUCAGUUCUACCAGCGAUUGUGUUCUAUAAUCUGUCUAAUCUUGAUUUUCUUGACCGGUCCAACAAUAACAUAGCUGUUCUACCCAACAUUGUGUUCAAUGAACUGUCUAAUCUUGCUUUUCUUGAUCUGUCCAACAAUAAGAGAGCUUUUUUGCCCGACUAUGUGUUCUUGGGACUGCCUAAACUUCAUAGACUUGUUCUGUUCAACAAUACGAUAUCAGUUCUACACAGGAAAGCGGUCUAUGGAGUGUCUGAACUUGAUUUUCUUGAUCUGUCAAACAAUAAGAUAGCUGUUCUACCCGACGAUGUGUUCAGUGAACUGUUUAAACUUGAAUUUCUUGAUCUGUCCAACAAUAACAUAGCUGUUCUACCCAACAUUGUGUUCAAUGAACUGUCUAAUCUUGCUUUUCUUGAUCUGUCCAACAAUAACAUAGCUGUUCUACCCAGCAUUGUGUUCAAUGAACUGUCUAAUCUUGUUUUUCUUGAUCUGUCCAACAAUAACAUAGCUUUCUACACAGGAAAGUGUUCUAUGGAGUGUCUGAACUUGAGUUUCUUGAUCUGUCCAACAAUAAGUGUGUUCUAUAAACUGUCUAAUCUUGAUUUUCUUGAUCUGUCCAACAAUAAGAUAGUUGUUCAACCCGACUAUAUGUUCUGGGGAAUGCCUAACCUUCAUAGACUUGUUCUGUCCAACAAUACGAUAUCAGUUCUACCCGCGAUUGUGUUCUAUAAACUGUCUAAUCUUGAUUUUCUUGACCUGUCCAACAAUAACAUAGCUGUUCUACCCGACGAUGUGUUCAGUAAACUGUUUAAACUUAAAUUUCUUGAUCUGUCCAACAAUAAGAUAGUUGUUCUACCCGACAAUGUGUUCAAUGGACUGUUUAAACUUUAUAGACUUGUUCUGUCCAACAAUACGAUAUCAGUUCUACCCGGGCAAGUGUUCUAUAGAUUGUCUGAACUUGAUUUUCUUGAUAUGUCCAACAAUAAGAUAGCUGUUCUACCCGACGAUGUGUUCAGUGAGCUGUUUAAACUUGAAUUUCUUGAUCUGUCCAACAAUAAGAUAGUUGUUCUACCUGACAAUGUGUUCAAUGGACUGUUUAAACUUUAUAGACUUGUUCUGUCCAACAAUACGAUAUCAGUUCUGCCCGCGAAUGUGUUCUAUAGAUUGUCUGAACUUGAUUUUCUUGAUAUGUCCAACAAUAAGAUAGCUGUUCUACCCGACGAUGUGUUCAGUGAGCUGUUUAAACUUGAAUUUCUUGAUCUGUCCAACAAUAAGAUAGUUGUUCUACUCGACUAUGUGUUCUUGGGACUGUCUAAACUUCAUAGACUUGUUCUGUCCAACAAUACGAUAUCAGUUCUACCCGCGAAUGUGUUCUAUAGAUUGUCUGAACUUGAUUUUCUUGAUCUGUCCAACAAUAAGAUAGCUGUUCUACCCGACGAUGUGUUCAGUGAACUGUUUAAACUUAAAUUUCUUGAUCUGUCCAACAAUAAGAUAGUUGUUCUACCCGACAAUGUGCUCAGUGGACUGUUUAAACUUUAUAGACUUGUUCUGUCCAACAAUACGAUAUCCGUUCUACCCGGGAAUGUGUUCUAUAAACUGUCUAAUCUUGAUUUUCUUGAUCUGUCCAACAAUAACAUAGCUGUUCUACCCGACAAUGUGUUCAAUGAACUGUCUAAUCUUGUUUUUCUUGAUCUGUCCAACAAUAAGAUAGCUGUUCUACUCGACAAUGUGUUCAAUGGACUGUCUGAACUUCAUUCUCUUGAUCUGUCCAACAAUAAGAUAGCAGAUCUACCUAGUCAUGUGUUCAGUGAAAUCACUACACUUAAAUUCCUUUCUUUGCGAAAUAAUAAAAUAUCUGCUCUACCUGUAGUGCUUUUCACCAAAUCCUACUUCCAAGGGGAAUUUUAUUCUCAGUCAGGUGUGUGUCUCGCUCUUCCUUUGACAAGCGAAGAGUGGCCAGGAACGGAAUAUUCCUUCGCAGUAUUUGUUUGUCUGAACAGCAUCGUCUUUGUAAUAAUAGUCAUAGGCCAAAUCUGCAUUUGCAAAAGCAUGAGAGAAAGUGGUCGCCGUAUUAGCUCCUCGCAGAACCGUCAACGAGAGAUGACUGUAGCAAUUACUCUAUUCUUUGUUGUGGCCACAGACUUUUUCUGCUGGUUUCCGAUUGGUGUCAUGGGUGUAUUAGCAAAAUGUGGAGUACGAAUUCCCGAUGACGUGUAUGCAUGGGUGAUGGUGUUCGUGCUGCCUGUGAACGCCGCUAUCAAUCCGUUUCUGUACACUGCUACAGCUAUUUGGAGGAAAAGACGGAAGGUACCGACAACGAUGAUAAUACCGAAAGAUCCGCCAGCAGAUAAACAUCAUCGGUCCAUCAGUGAGAAACAGCCUACUAUGUCCACCGCUUUUGAGUUAAGGAUCAGACAAAGUUUGUUCAAUUCCAACACAUGUACCAACACAAUAACGCAAAGUCCUUUGAGCGAUCGGUGCUAUCUGUCGUUAUGA